AUGUCCACGUUAAAAGUGGCCAUUGUUGGUGCGACUGGUCAUACCGGCGCCAGCGUCGUGGAUGGUUUGCUGGCGUCUGAGACACACUUCCCAAAGGAAAUCACCGCGCUGUCUCGAGAGUCUUCGAUUAAUAAUGCCGCCAAUCAAUCUCUUCGGGAGCGCGGUGUCCACGUGGUUCCGGUAGACUUGACCGGACCACAGCAGAGCCUUGUUGACAUCUUGACUGGCAUUGAUAUUGUCAUCUCUUGCAUUGUUGCAUUUUCUCUUCAGCAACAGAUUCCCCUCGCCGAAGCUGCCAAGAAAGCGGGCGUGAAGCGCUUUGUCCCCUGCAACUUCGGAACUCCGGCGCCGAGAGGGAUCAUGUGGCUCGAUGACCAGAAAUACGAGGUUCUUGACGCCAUUCAAAGAAUUUACUUGCCGUAUACUGUAAUCGACGUUGGUUGGUGGUCGGAGCAGAUAACUCCCGCCUUGCCCUCGGGGAAAACCAACCAUGCGCUUCUCCAGAAUGAAGGUAGCAGGGUUAUUCCCGGGGAUGGGAAUGUACCUGUGGCCUUCACGUCACUUCCCGACAUCGGAAUUUACGUCGCCAAGAUCAUCGCUGAUCCUAGGACCCUUAACAAGAAGGUCCUGGCAUGUACCGACGUCCUGACAAUGAAUCAAGCUUAUGAUAUCAUGGAUGAACUCAGUGGCGAGAAGACUGUCAGACAAUACCGGACUGCCGAAGCCCUUGAGGGUAUUCUAGAUGAGGUCCAGGAAUCUCUGAGUCGCAACCCCGAGGACCGCAAUGCCUUCAUAGCGAAGGUUGUCAACGAAUACUAUUACUCGUGGGGUGUCCGAGGCGACAACCAGCCAAAGUCUGCGGAAUAUCUUGGCUACCUGAAUUUCAAAGAACUGUACCCCGAAGUCUCUGGACGAACAUUGAAAACGGUUUUUACGGAUAUUUUGCAGGGAAAAUCCCCUGGAAUCCAUUAUUAG